AUGGCGGGCGGCAUUCGCAGGCAACACCCCGCGCCCGCGGAGAAGAAAGAUGAUUCGCAGAAGAAACGGUCUCCGAACCGCCUCAUCGUCGAAGAAGCCAUCAACGAUGACAACAGCGUCGUGGCGCUCAACCCCGCGAAAAUGGAGGAGCUCCAAAUUUUCCGCGGAGACACCGUCCUCCUGAAAGGCAAAAUGAGACACGACACCGUCUGCGUCGUCCUCGCCGACCAGGACCUCGACGAGGGAAAGAUUCGCCUCAACAAAGUCGUCCGAAAAAACCUCAGAGUCAAGCUAGGAGACAUGGUGCACGUGAGCGCAUGCCCAGACUGUCCGUACGGGAAGCGCAUCCACGUCCUCCCUCUCGACGACACCAUCGAAGGCAUCACGGGCAAUCUGUUCGACAUCUACCUUAAGCCGUACUUCAUGGAAGCUUACCGACCCGUCCGAAAGGGAGAUCUUUUCCUUGUUCGCGGCGGUUUCCGUCCUGUGGAGUUCAAGGCAAGUAGCCACUUCUGUGGGAACACAGUCCCCCGCAUGUUUUGUUCUCUUCCGCGGGACAUGUGUUAG